GUCGCAAACCAUCAUCAAUUCCAUCCACGAUAUUCAAUCAGCAACGAACUACACAAUUAGUUGCUACUCGACACUUCGCCAACCUAUUAGAAGCUGAAGAAUUCAAAGAAGCCAAUAUGUCGUCCAUACGCACCACGGUGCACGAGUCGCUGCCAUACGUCGACGCCGAACCAACCCCCACCGAGCGCGCCGCAGCAGAAUCCCUAAUCGCCGCCGAACAAACCACCUCCCCUCCCCCACCAUCCCUCCCCUCCCUCCCAGAGCCAAACUUCAGCCCCCUAAUAACCAGCGAACUGUCACGCAUCGCCGCCAAACAACCACUAACCGGCAUCGACCUAUCCCGCUACGAAGCCCCAGACGCCAGCACCCUCUCCUCCUCCUCCUCCCCCUCCACCCUCCAAAACGAUCUCUCCCGCGCCUACGCAGCCUCAACCUACCUCUCCUCCCGGCACACAAACCUGCAACUCCUAGACCAAUACGGCAAAAACGCCUGGUUAAUCGGAAACUGGCACCUGGAAUCCGAGCUACGCUCCCUCGAGCGCGAGCUCGAAGACACAAAAAAAGAAAUCGACGUAGUAAACAUCCAACGCCGACGCGUACAAGAUGAAGUCGGCGGGGAGUUAAAAGGUUUAGAUGAGGCUUGGAGGAAGGGUGUAGGUCGCGUAUUAGAGACUGAGGUUGCUACGGAGGGGCUACGGCAGGAGGUUCUUGAGAGGCAGAGGGGGGGUUAGAGGAUUAAAUUCGUCAUGGAAAUUGAUAUAGGGAGGCAAGGCAAGAAGGGUGAUUGUGUACGAUUAAGGGGUCUUAUUUCACUACAUGGCCGGAGAAUGAUACCAAAUCGAUGAUUAUAAAAAAGGGCAGCGCAAUAUAAGCAAUACAAACAACCAUAAAAAGGAAUUGAAUUGCAAGGUUCUAUAACGAAAAAGCA